UAGUAAUUUAACGGUUUCACCUGUAUAUAACUAGUCGUUAGCCGCGAACUUGGAACUCACGAUCACUUAUUAUUUUUUACAAAUAGGUCAUAGUCUCAAAAAAUACAUAACUGAAUACUAAAAUUAUAGAUAGGUCAGUUGCGGCCUUAAAUCGCUAAGUCGGCGACACAAGGGGACGCUCAGACUGGUUUUUGCAGGUCGUACAAUCACAAUCGCGGGCACGAUACACAGCGCCGUUUAAUUACAGUUAGUCUGAAUCGGUACGACCCAGGUCGUACGAAAUCGGUGGCAUGUUGCACGGGCCCUUAUAAAGAAAAAGUUGGCAACACCAACUAAGGCUGUUGUUGCUUUUCGAACUUUCGAAAACACAAAGAAAUUUUAUGAAAGCAUUUAAUUUGAUUGUGAUCAACGAUUACUUCUUACGAUUGUGAUUGAAGUACACAUAAAUUUUGUUGUGGAUUAAAAUGUAAACAAAAUGACUAUUUCAAAAAUCGUCGAUAGAUAUAAUAAGGAUUCAAACAAAACUGUAUAUUUAUGUGAUUUGAAAACUCCCGUUGGAAAAUUAAUUGCUGCAGGGGAUGAAAAUUAUUUAUAUAUGUUGUCUUCGGAGGAUUCAAAAAAUUUUGAAAAACAUAUCAAAGUUAUUUCUGAAGAAUUAUCAUGUCGUUUUACUGAAGGAGAUACUACACUUUUAUGUAAAUUAAAAGAUGAAAUAGCGUCUUAUUUUGAUGGAAAGCUUACACAAUUUACAGUACCGAUAAAAACUUUUGGUUCUGAUUUUCAGAAGCAAGUAUGGAAAAAGCUCCAAGAGCUUCCAUUUGGAACAAUUCAAACAUAUGGUGAUCUAGCCAAGUCCCUGGGAAGGGCAGCCAGCCAUUCUCGAGCUGUUGGUGCUGCUUGUGGAGCGAAUGCAAUUCUGAUUGUGAUACCAUGCCAUCGUCUGGUAGCAUCUGGCUCAAAAGGAGGCUUUAGUUCUGGAUUAGAUAGAAAAGAAUUAUUGCUUAAUCAUGAGAAAAAAUAUUCCUAAAUGCACAUGUUAUUAAAAAAUAUGAGUACUUACAUGCUAAUGCUGUUUGUAUGACUAAAAUAAUUAUGUUUGCUAUAAACUAAGUACCUCAA